AUGGCAUUCUCACGAUCAGCUAUUUUGCGCGGAGUGCGCAACUUCCGAGGUAGACCAAGCGUAGCCCGCCCUCAGGUCAACCAAGUCGCGAGAAGAACCUAUGCCAGUGGAGGUCAUGAACAUGCAAAGGCAGGUGGUGAUGCCAUCUGGGCUGCCGGAGCAGUAGCUGUUACUGUCCCAGCAUGUUGGUUUUUGAUCGCAAACAAACCGGAAUCUCACGGUCAUGAAGAGCACGGUGAUAGCCAUGGCGAUGCACAUGCCGAGGAGCAUGAGGAAGAGGAAGAGAAGCCCGAAGAGAAAGAAGAUGAUAAGGCAGCCGAGUCCGAGGAGAAGACUGAGGAUAAGACUGAGGAGAAGUCAGAGGACAAGGAAGAGCCAAAAGAGUCCGAGAAGUCCGAUGAAUCCGAUAGUGAUGACGAGGCUAAGGAACAAGACACGCCAGCUACCUCUGACGACGAUAAUGUUGUAGGAGAAACCGACAAGAACGUUCGCAAGUCAAUUCCCGAUGCAAAGGGUGGAAAUAAAGCUCGAUUGGAGAGCAAGGCGGCUAUCACGCAAGGCGAGGAUAACUCAGAAGCAAAGGAGGGAGAACCAUCGGACAAGGCUGCUGCGUCAAAGAAGCCCCAAGGCAGGAACUCUCAAUCUGGCAAACAAGAAGGCCUUUCAAAUACCGAUACAAAGCACUCCACCGAUAUCAACAAUGACCCAACCAAAAGCAAAAAGGGUGAAGGUGCCCCCGAGACUGCCAAGGUCAAAGGGACCGUCGACCCAAACCGUCCCCAGCCCGAAGAAGAAUCCGACUCUUGA